CAGCCAGCAACUUCGGCAGUAGAGUUUCGGCGAGCUAACCACGACAGUAUUGUCGCCCACAAUCAACCUCUGCUGCUAAAAGCAGUCAACCUGCAGUGAUGUUUGAAAUGGAGACACACAUAUCGUGCCUUUUCCCGGAGAUCCUGGCCAUUAUUUUCAGUUAUCUGGACGUUAAAGACAAAGGAAGAGUAGCCCAAGUGUGCGCGGCCUGGAGAGACGCGUCCUACCACAAGUCGGUGUGGAGGGGGGUGGAAGCCAAGCUACAUCUGCGGCGAGCAAACCCGUCUCUGUUCCCCAGUCUGCAGACCAGGGGAAUCAAAAAAGUUCAGAUUCUCAGCUUAAGACGAAGUCUGAGCUACGUGAUUCAAGGGAUGCCGCACAUCGAAAGCCUGAACUUGUGUGGAUGUUUCAACCUCACAGACAACGGACUCGGACAUGCCUUUGUGCAGGACAUCCCAUCCCUGCGGGUGCUGAACCUCAGUCUUUGUAAACAGAUCACUGACUCCAGCCUGGGCAGGAUUGCCCAGUACCUCAAAAACCUGGAGGUGCUUGAACUUGGGGGAUGCAGCAAUAUCACAAACACCGGCCUGUUGCUCAUUGCCUGGGGACUGCACAGACUUAAGAGCCUUAACCUGCGCAGCUGCAGGCAUGUGUCCGAUGUGGGCAUUGGACACCUGUCUGGCAUGACCCGCAGCGCAGCAGAAGGCUGCCUGUCUCUGGAGAAGUUAACCUUGCAGGACUGCCAGAAGCUGACUGACCUUUCUCUCAAACAUGUCUCAAAGGGCCUAAACAAGCUCAAAGUGCUCAACCUCAGCUUCUGCGGAGGGAUAUCCGAUGCAGGGAUGAUCCACCUGUCGCAUAUGACCCACCUGUGCAGCCUGAACCUGCGGUCGUGUGAUAACAUCAGUGAUACAGGGAUAAUGCAUCUGGCCAUGGGCUCCCUCCGGCUGUCUGGACUCGAUGUCUCCUUCUGUGACAAGAUCGGAGACCAGAGCCUGGCUUACAUCGCCCAGGGGUUGUACCAGCUCAAGUCCCUCUCUCUUUGCUCCUGCCAUAUCAGCGAUGAUGGCAUUAACAGGAUGGUACGCCAGAUGCACGAACUCAAGACUCUCAACAUUGGACAGUGUGUGAGGAUCACAGACAAAGGGUUGGAGUUGAUAGCUGAUCACCUCACCCAGCUGACAGGGAUUGAUCUGUACGGUUGUACUAAGAUCACCAAGAGGGGUCUGGAGAGGAUAACGCAACUGCCGUGCCUUAAAGUGUUAAACCUGGGACUGUGGCAGAUGACUGAGAGCGAGAGAGUGAGGUGAAGUCUCUUAUUUAGUAUACAUGUGCUUCACUGUGUCUAGUGCUCAGUUGUGUACUGAAAGGGACUGCCUGUAUCCACUCUUUAUCUUACAUUCUAUACUGUGACUAAAAACAAGGAGAUGGACUCCGCAUUGAUCACUGGAAUAUUGUUCACCUCCGCUGCAAUACUCCACUCUAAAUUUCAGUCUUAUGCUCUCUUUUGAUGUGCAUUGUUUAAUCUCAGCCUGUGUACAGUUCUUACUAUCUAGCUACCUCACCCAUCAAACACAGGAGUGCCUACAAUCGCUGAAUACUAGAUUAUUGCAUAUUUUUGUGACUCAUGUACCAAUGGAGAUUUAGAUAUUUAAAAAAAAAAAAAAUCUCAUUGCAGAAUAAUAGCUAGUAGGCAUUUUAAUUCUUAACAGAAAGGCAAAUUUUGAUAGUCUUUUUUUUUUUUUGCUGAUGUAUUUUUAACUUGUGUAACCAAUAUGUUUUGUAUUGAGUGACUGUUGACAAAAUUGUACUUCAAAUUGAAGUGGGUGGAUCUCUCCUGUCCGUCUGUCUGUUUUUGUUUACCUGUGUAUAAUUGGCUAUGUUUCAUAUUCCUGAGGAAAUAAGUAUGUAUCAGAUGUUCCAGUAUGCUACUCUGUCAAAGGUUCAUCAACACAACUACAGUAAGGUGUAGUAAUUAACAGCUGCCAAGGCUAUAUGCAAUACCUUUUUAAAACUGUUUUAUCAGUGGUUUUUCUCCUGAGGAGCUUCCAUCGAUAGUCAGAGUAUUUGUUUAAAAAAAAAGCAGUAAUUUAAGAUUGUUUUAUAUUCAUACAGUAGUGAUAUUUAUGAAUAAAGAUGGCAAAUAUGUUUCA